AAAAUUACAAUACCCUAUCAAAGCAAAAAUGGCAUCUCUUUCAUUUGUUUUCUCAAUCAUUUUUCUUCAGCUUCUCUUUGCAUCAUUGCCCAGCCACCAUACCCUCACUUUCGCCGCUGAUGGCAGUUGGCAACUCUUACAAAAAAGUAUCGGAAUCUCCGCCAUGCACAUGCAACUCCUUAGGAAUGACCGUGUGGUAAUGUUUGAUAGAACCGAUUUUGGACCAUCGAAUCUAUCGUUACCAAACGGGAAAUGCCGCAAUGACCCAACCGACACGGCACUCCAAGUGGACUGCACUGCUCAUUCGGUAGAGUACGAUGUUUUUGCCAAUAAAUUUCGAGCUCUUAUGGUCCAAACCGAUGUUUGGUGCUCUUCAGGUGCCGUCAUGCCCGAUGGUAACUUGUUCCAAACCGGCGGCUUCAACGACGGCGAACGUCGGGUCAGGGUUUUCAGCCCAUGCAGGACAUGCGAUUGGAAUGAAAUACCAAAUGGAUUGACGGCCAAAAGAUGGUAUGCAAGUAAUCAUAUAUUGCCUGAUGGGAGACAAAUCAUCAUUGGUGGUCGAGGACAGUUUAACUAUGAGUUCAUCCCUAAAAACAUCGUCGCUAAUAAGAUUAACUUGCCUUUCUUGUCAGAAACUAACGACAAAGGAAUCGAGAACAAUCUUUACCCAUUCAUUUUCCUCAACGUUGAUGGAAACUUAUUCAUUUUCGCCAACAAUCGAGCUAUUUUGUUCGAUUAUGUGAACAACAUUGUUGUCAAAAAGUAUCCGAUGAUCCCUGGCGGCGAACCUCGAAGCUAUCCUAGCACUGGUUCGGCCGUUUUGCUUCCAUUGAAGAACUUGAAAGCUGCAGCCAUUGAAGCUGAAGUUCUAGUAUGUGGUGGUGCUCCUAAAGGAUCCUACCUUCAAUCUUUAAAAGGUACUUUCUUGGCUGCUUUGGAUACAUGUGCUAGGAUCAAAAUAACUGACCCGAAUCCAGAAUGGGUCAUGGAGACUAUGCCUUUAGCUAGAGUCAUGGGUGACAUGAUAUUGCUUCCAAACGGCAAUGUCUUGCUUAUCAACGGCGCAAGGUCUGGGACGGCAGGAUGGGAACAAGGUCGGGACCCUGUUUUGAGUCCGGUCUUGUACCAACCCGACAACGAUAUUAACUCACGGUUCGAGGUUCAAAACCCAACCACCAUCCCUCGUAUGUACCAUUCCACAGCGACAUUACUUCGUGACGGAAGAGUUUUAGUCGGUGGAAGCAAUCCCCAUGCGUUUUACAACUUCACCGGCGUGCUUUUUCCUAGCGAACUAAGCUUAGAGGCAUUCUCGCCAGCAUAUUUGGAUGCUAAAUUUGACAACCUACGACCAACCAUCAUUGCACCUAAGUCGAUGUCAGGGAUUCGAUACCGGAAGAAAUAUACAAUCCAAGUGGUGAUUAAUGGCGACAAAGUGGAUGAAAACUCGACGUCAGUAACAAUGUUUGUACCAGCUUUCAACACGCAUUCGUUCUCAAUGAAUCAAAGGUUGCUUGUUCUUGGGAACGACAAAGUGACAGCGGUGGGUAACUCGACGUACAACGUGGAGGCGACGACGCCUCGGUCGGGAAAUGUAGCGCCGUCGGGAUUUUAUCUAUUGUUUGUGGUUCAUCAAGGCAUUCCUAGUCAAGGCAUUUGGGUCAGGUUGUACUAAUAAUAAAAGAAAC